AUGUACAGAAUAACAACUGCAACCGGAGCAAUCUUGUCUGGUAGUAUGUUCACGAAAAAGAAGCUUGUGAGGGCUCAAAGGGCUCGUGCUCUGUGUAUGUUGGUGCCGUGGGAGUUGAACAAGAAAUAUGGUGGAUCACCGCUCGGGUGGUAUGGCGACCAGACCAUACACGGGCAAUUUCCAUUCAAAAGUGAGAAGAUUACUCGACGACUGCGGCUAUUUCUGGGGUUUCCCUCUGAGGGCUCUGUCUCACUCGAGACAGCGGACGGGAGAGCGGGAAAGCGAUAUGGGUUGGUAGUGGUGCCGCCACACUUUACGGUCUGCCCUUUGAUAAACGAGGAUGAGGAGGAACGACAGAUCCAGAUCUAUUGCGAAUACAGUGUCAUCAAGUCUCUCGCUGCCAUCUUUCAAAUUUUCUAUAGUAGCUUUGAGCUGUAUCAGGCACGUGGGUCGCAGAUAGAGAGGUUUGGCUAUGCUGCGUACUCGUUCACGGUUAACCCGUACAUCGUGGUAUCAUUCAUGAACCUCGUUGCCAACAUGUGCCGGCCGACAUAUCUGUCUAUGUAUCUUGGUCAUUAUGGGGACAAGCUGCCGCAGAGGAUUGAUGAAGGAGGACCUGACAAGGCCUCUGCAGAACCAUCUGGGAGUAUUGUCUCAGUGAAGAACUAG